CCGAACAUAUCUAAUCACGAUCAAACUCUCCAAAAAUGCACCCAUUAACUAUCGUUGUAACAGCGAUCUUAAUUUCACGUUCGCAACAACUGGAACAACCGACUACCCGUCGUUUACUCAUUGACUUGAUCAACCAAAAUCAAACUUCUUGGACAGCCGGUGAAAAUUUUCCUGAAAAUGUAACAACCGAAAGUCUGAAACGUCUCAACGGAGCCCUGGGUCUUCAUCCCGAUCCUAACUUCCAGCUCGAAGUAAAACACCACAAGGUAGCCAGAAAGGAAAUUCCGCAAUUUUUCGAUGCCAGAGAACAAUGGAGCGAGUGUAGCGAUGUAAUUGCUACAAUUCGAAAUCAGGGUCGGUGCGGUUCUUGUUGGGCCUUUGCUUCUGCUGAAACGAUGGCUGACAGACUCUGCAUAGCAAGUGGAGGAAAAACUAAAUUUCAGUUCUCCCCACAAGAUUUAUUAGAAUGUUGUAAACAAUGUGUGCCGCAAGGUUAUGACAAAUGUGAUGGAGGAUACCUGGUAUAUGCUUAUGACUUUUGGCUUAGCGACGGUAUAGUGUCUGGGGGAGAUUACAUCAUUAAUAAUUAUACGGGAUGUAAACCCUAUUCGUAUAAUGCCUUUGAACAUGGGCUGGGCCCGACGACGUGCCAACAGAAGUGCCAUUCACUAUAUAACACCAGCUAUAACGACGAUAAAAAAUUUGGAAAGCAAGUUUAUCAAAUAGGUAUAGACGAGGCACAAAUUCAAACCGAAAUUAUGACAAAUGGUCCAGUGACAGCUAUGUAUGUAGUUUAUGAAGACUUCUAUUACUACAAAAGUGGUGUUUACCGGCAUACAAUAGGAAAUUCCACGGGUAAUCAUGCAGUUAAAAUUGUGGGAUGGGGAACGGAAGCUGGCCUCCCAUACUGGUUGGUAGCAAAUUCGUGGGGGACAGAUUGGGGUGAUUUAAAUGGAUUUUUCAAAAUAUUGAGGGGCCAAAAUCAUUGUAAAAUUGAAGAGUCCAUUACAGCUGGAAAAUCCUCUUCGGCUGUGUAUCGUGCGAUUCCAGGUCUUUUUAUUUUUAUUAUAAUGCUUAAGUACUCUGUAUUGUAAUAAUUUUAAUAAAGGUUUUUUACAAUAUA